UUUUUUUUUAUCUGUAUCCUAAACUGAAAGUUGAUAAUUUUAAAAAUAUACAAAUUUGAAAAAAAUUAUAAUUAAAAAUUGCUUAAAGAUAUCAACUCAGAACAUAAGUACUAUUAAAUUAAUAAUAGCUAAUUGUAUGUAAACUUUUAUCUGAGAUUGUUACUUGAGUGUUUCUUGAGAUACAGUAAAUUUGUUCAAAACAAAGUCUAUAUUAACAUGUCUUUUUUUCUAGGUAAUUUUAGGUAAUGUUACUACAGGAAUAUACUUCAGAGAAGUCUCAGCAUUUCCCUAUCACCUGAGUAAACUUUGGUUUCAAAGUGUUGGAUUUAUAAAGAAACACUUUAUGGAAUUUAUGAGUCAAGUUACAAAAUUUUUAAAGAGUAACCUUACCAAAGAAAGGUUAUUAUUUGCCUAUAAAUAUUUUCAAAAAUAUUUAGAUUCCUACAUUAAUAAAAGGAAAUCAUUAAAUUCAAAUGAUUUGUUAAAACAUAUUGUUGAUAAUAUUUCACUGAAAUGUAAUGAAGAAAGAAGUGUAAAAACGAUUUUGUGUGGUCAAUAUAUGCUAGACCUUCUGCAUAAAUCACAAAUUAACAUUGACUGUUUGUUGAUACAAUUUUCUAUUGAUUACAUAAUGGAAAAAGCAACCGCUCUAAAUGUUAAAUUCAAUGAAUGUGUUGAACUAAUGAGCAAUUUUGAUUUAGAUGAAAUCAAAAAAGAAUUUUGCAUACAAUACAUGUUGGAAGAUUGUUGUAUGAGUCAAUAUGUGUUGCAUAGUAUAAAAGAAUCUUCUGAUAACAUUGAAAGUUUUAUAGAUGCCUACCACGCUUUUAUGUUAAAAUCAGAUUUUAAUAAACAAUUGGUAAGACAUGAAAAUAAUGGCUUUCAAUCCCUUGAUGCCUACCAAGUAUCUGUGUCUACAGACAAUUUGGAUCGCACCACAUGUGUGAAUUAUGCACAAGCAUUGGAUCCCAAUAACCAAAACAUCAAAGAUUAUAUGUUCAUAGAGACCGAAUCAAACAUAUCCAUAUUGUUUUCAUGUGAAUGGUUAACCUUAAAAAUUAUAUUUUUCCAUGUUCACAAGAUAAAUGGGGUUAAUUCAUUGAACAUUUCGGUUUAUCAUAAUGGUAACCUAAACUUUAUACCUCAACUAACAUUCUGAAGAAUAGUCAUUGUACCAAUAAAAUUGUAUUUAACUAGUUUAAAUGCAAUGAAAAGUUUAUGAUCAUUUCAUUCUGUUUUUGGAUUAUAUUAAACACUUAUGUUAAAAUGUGAUUUCUAAAAUCAUAUAUGAAUUUCAAAGUUGGUUAUGGAAAAGAUCUUAUAUUAAAUUUAAAUUUAUAUAUUUUUUUUUUUUUAUUCAUAUUAUUAAUAUUUUAAUUCAGUCUUGAAAUGUAAUUUAACAAUUUUAUCUAUAUGUAGUUUACUAUUUUAUUAUUAAACCCUCAUUAACAUUAAUACUUUAUUUGAUGAAGACUAACACCUAUUUAGAUGUUAAAAUUUACUGCACUCUACAUAUUAUGUUGUUUGAAUCAAAUAUUUUUUUUUUUUUUUUUUUUUU